UGGCAACAGAAUCUAGGGAACGAAGCCUUGACUUCAACAGCGAAGUCGACAGUGAGCAGAACCAUUGCGGAAUGUCUGCAGAUUUUUGAGGACCACAUUUGCGGCCAAUGGAUAAAAAAGCCGACACUUACAGAGGAACGCAACACAAUGGAGGCUUUCUAUGAAAGAACAAUGUUCCCUGGAAUUGUUGGAUGCGUUGAUGGCACGCAUAUCCGCAUCAAGUCACCAGGGGACGAAUUGAAAGCCCUUUACUAUAAUAGAAAGGGUUAUUAUAGUAUAAAUGCAAUGGUGAUAUGUGACCAUAAAAUGCGUAUAACAUUUGUCGACGCUAGACAUCCCGGAAGCAACCAUGAUGCAUUUGUAUGGGAAAGGAGUGAUCCAGACAAGUGUAUGCAAAGGGAGUUUGACAAUGGAAAACGAAACUUUUGGAUUCUCGGGGAUGGAGGAUACAAAUUGAAGCCCUUUCUUAUGACGCCUUACCGCAGCCCUAGAGAUGUCGCCGAGAAAAAAUUCAAUAAGAGACAUGCUAGUGCGCGUAACGUCAUUGAAAGGUGCUUUGGGGUCCUAAAAAACAGAUUCCGAUGUAUCAUCGGAUCUCGGGGCCUUCAUUAUGACGCUGCAAAGGUAGUGCAAAUUAUAAAUGCAUGUUGUGCGCUGCACAACAUGUGCAUACACUACCGAUCUGAAGAGCCGCCAGGUGAUGUUAUUGAUGAUGAUCUGGAAGACGAAGUGGAUGACAAUAAUGAUCUUGAAAGCAGAGCUGACGCAAUAAGGAGAAAAAUUGCAAUAAAUUUGUAAAAUUAAAAGAAUUUUUUAUUAAAAUAAAAUAAAUUAAAUUAAAAAUUAAAAAAUUAGUUUAA